AUGAACAUGGUCAUCAUCGACAUGAAACACACAUUCGUGGGGGGCAUCGUCGACACAGCAAGAAGCGUCACCAUGUUCAUAACCAUGGCGAACAUCACGACUAUUUCGCCAACCUUUAUAUCCCAGAGCAACAUCACGAGAAGCGCCACCACAAAUACAAAGACCAUCACCAUCGACACAGGCAUUAUCGUCAUAAACAUGCGCACGACCGUCACGAACGAAAGCUAUGGAAGAGGCAUCAUCGCUGUCGUCACAAACACAACGACCCUCCAAGUCCCAUCAUCAUCGAUGAUUGGGCUCCUCAACGACCUGAACCAAUGCUUCAGUCUCCGAUCGCCUUUGUGCCAAAGUACGAUGGUGUACUGA